UCCCCCCCACACGUGCCCGGGCUUUGUGCGCGCGGGCGGGCGGUCCCACCGCCCCAUCCCAGUCCCUUUCGCUUUCCCUUUCUCCUCACCUUCCCAUGGCGGCCUGGUUCACGCCCAGGGCGGAGGAGGACGAGGCGGAGGACGAGGCGAACCUCUGGCAGUACGACUCCACCUGGGAGGGGGAGGAUGAGGAGGAGGACGGCGAGGAGGAGGAUGGCGGCGGAGGCGAGGCGGCGGAGGAGCCGGAGGAUAGCGGGGAGCAGCCGGGGCAGGGCCGGGCGUGGGGCUGGCGGCACAGCCAGCCUGGAUGGUUUUCUUUUUGCCUGAAGCAGAUAAUGUCUUUCUUUGGUACUGAGGAUCAAAGCUCAAAUUCCUCACUGCUGUCUUGGAGGGGUUUUCAGUGCAGCGGGAGGCGCAACUGGACUGCGGCGAGAGACCUGCAGAGAUACAGAAACCAUUACCCAGAUUUGAAAGAACCAGAGAAUGAGGAGGAUGAAGAGAUGUGGAACUUAAGCUUUUACAAAAAUGAGAUUGCUUUUGUGCCCCACGGUGUGAAUAUUGAAACUCUGCUCACAUCUUGGGGGGACAAGUAUGAAACGCUGGAAGAAAACCAUUCCUACAUACAGUGGCUGUUCCCUUUACGUGAACAUGGGAUGAACUGGCGUGCCAGGCCACUCACCUGUCAGGAAAUCCAGGCCUUCAGGAAGUCCAAGGAAGUCAUGGACAGGUUUUUACGUGCUUACAAGCUCAUGCUGGGAUUUUAUGGAAUCAACCUGGUCAAUGAAGAAACUGGAGAACUUGAGAGAGCAGAGAAUUGGCGUGAGCGAUUUGAAAACUUGAACAGGUUCAGCCACAACAAUUUGAGGAUUACUCGCAUCCUGAAGUGCCUGGGGGAGAUGGGAUAUGAAGACUAUCAAGUGCACUUGGUGAAGUUUUUCCUCACAGAAACUCUUGUUGAGGAGACAUUACCAAAUGUCAAGAGAAGUGCCUUGGAUUACUUCCUGUUCACUGUCAGAAGCAAAGAAAAGAGGAGGGAACUCAUCCACUAUGCUUGGCAGCACUUCAAACCUCAGAGCAGCUUUGUGUGGGGGCCUCGUGACAAACUCCAGAAGUACAGACCCCGCUCUGCCAAGCCACAGCUGCACCAAAGGCCUGAGGAUAAACAGGACACUCUGAGUCAAAAAUGUGAUCCUGUGGAGAAGGGUCAGAACCGGUCUUCAGAAGUGAAACAGAAAGCUGGAGAUGCUGCAGAGUUGCAGCCUGAAAUGAGUGAUGAACAUGUAAAGGAGAAGAUAAGCAAAUGUGUUUUGAAGGUAGGAGAUGAUGAAGAGGAGAAAGAAGCUUCGUUUGCCCAGCUGGAGGAAAAGGAUUUAAAAAGUGAAGCUGAAGAAGGGCAGGGUACUGCAGAGAAUGACUGCACAAAAGAGUGCAAGAAGAGAAAACUGAAUGCAAGUUUGGCAGAUGCUAAAGGGGAUGGAUCAUUGAAAAACUCCGCUGAUAUUGAAAACAUUUCCCAUAAUCUGGGAGAGUGUGCAAUUGCUGCAGAGAUCCCUUCCUCAGACCCAGUCUCCCAGGCAGAAGAGAAUCAGGAAGCUCUGAAGGAAGAUGAUUCAAGCACCAAAGAGCCGGCGGCGCCGGAGGCCGCGGAUGCGGCUGUGAAACGCAGGAAGGUUGAUAAAAAAACAUCGAGAGGCAAACAAGUGAACUUGGCCAUAAACCUGAGCAUGGGGCCCUCAGCCUCUGGUGCCAAGGCAAAUCCAUCUGCUGCUAAUGGUGAGGCUGGAAAAGAAAGUGUCAGUGGGGAAAAUGCAGCUGUGGAAGUGCCAAGUGAGAAGGGGGAUGGUGAUGCAGAUGGUGGGGCUGUGAGACCCCCGGCUGCUUCCAGGCCCCCCAGGACUGGCUGCACUGCUCCAAUCAAGGAUGGCUGGAAGUCCAGUGGAGAUCAAGACUCAGCAGGGAGUGAUCAGCACCACUGCAACAGCAAACUCUUGGAGGGUAAAAGUGAACUAGAUGGGGUAGGACAGCAGGAAAAGGUGGAAAAGGCAGGUGAAAAAGGGCAAGAGGAAGACACAGACAACAAACAAGCUCCAGAGAGUCGUGAGCAGAGCAUAACACCCACUUGUCCUGAAGAAAGCAGUGCUGAGGUGCCACCAGAAAAAGGUGAAGGCUGUGAGAAUGGAGCAGAGCCUGGAGAAGAGCAGGGAGCAGCAGAGUGAGAGCAGCACAGCAAGCACCUGAGCCAGCAGAGAUGGCACUGACCUGUCUGCUGGGAGCCAGCUUUGGUGGCUUGGAGAACUGAAUAAACUUCCUUUGGGAUGAUGCAGCUGGCCCCUGUCUCACUUUCACUCUUCCAUGAUUUUUUAAUCAUCUCUAGUAAAUUCACUGAGAUCCAGCUCUUGAUUACCCUAAAGAGGAAAACUUUAUUUAGUCAUCUUCAUGGACAGGCUGUGUCCCGUUUCUGGGUUUUAUCUGAUGUUCAGGGCUAUCUUGGAGCAACGGGGAUUUUUGCACUUUGCUUUGAUUAUGGUUAUGUCCCUACUGAAAGAGAAGAGGAAAACUGAUCUGUCUCCUUGUUUGAAUUACCUAAGUAUUUAUUAAAGACACGAUUUUUAAUGUAAGACAGCAUGACCUAAUCUGCCAGGCCUUUCUACUGCUAUGUAACUUCUGUUUGUUAUUGUGAAAGGCUGUACCUUCCCAGGAGUUUUUUCCUGGCAAAAGUGCUGUUUCUCUAAAAGAGACAAGUAUAUGGAUUUCACAUGAUGUCAGUGUAGUUGCCUCUCCUCCUAUAAGGAAAGUAGGUUUGGCUUUAAACUGGGAUAAAUCUGUAGCCAAAAUGUGUCUCUGACCAGUAUGAACCUUUGGGUAGAGAUUCUGUUCUCUGAGGUGCAAAGUGCUGGGUAAUUAUUUCUCUUUAUCCCCGCAGAGGUUGCUUUGUAGUUCUUCUUAGAGUUAAGACUACAAAUUGCUUGCUGGUUUCUGAGAGAAAAAGCUCCAGGUUUUGCAUAAAACUCUUUAGAGCUGCUCUUCCCCAUGUUUUCCAGCCACUUUAUAGUCUUCCACAGAUUUUUUUCUCCAUGACUGUUUCAGAGGCCCUCAUUUCUCAGUUGCCAAAGCAGCACAAAUAUUUCCCAGUGCAUUUUUUUCAGCCUUUGCUGGUAAUUUGCAGUGGCCUGGGGGGCUCUUUCUUGCAGGCCCAUGGCGUGAGGUUUGAUGUGUCAGAUCCAACCUGUUUCCUACUUAGAGCAGGGUUGCUUUGCCUUUAAUGUCAGACAGCCAGGGCAUGUUCCAGUGCAGCACGUCUGGAAACCACUGGGCUUUGUGGGGCAGUUAAUUGAAACGUUAAUUGGAGAGGCUACGCUUGUCUGGUUCGUUUAUUUCCAGCCCUGAAGAAUUUACUUUCAGACCUUGCCAGCUCUUUGCCUGCCUCUGUUCUUGGCCUCCCUGUCAGCUGUUCUGCUGCACUACACAAUAUUCCACCAGGUCUGAAGGAGCAUUAAAACAGUUUAGCACCUUCACUCCUAAAGAUUUACAAGAGACAAUCUGUUUCAUGAAGCAGAGGAAAUUGUUUCCAGCAGCCUGAAGGUCUGGACUUGCUGUUUGCUCGGGUUGUUUGGGUUGGUUUGGAGGUUCUUUGGUGCUGUUUGGUUUGUGUAGGAGAUGGCCAGAGAGCAGAUGCAGCAGCUUGUGCAGUGUCAAUGUUUUUCCUCUCUGCUACAGCUCUUAACAAGCUUUGUCUUUCAAGGAAUUUAAAGAGUGAUUUGCCUUCCCAGACUGUAGGUUCUGAUCCAGCAUGCCACAUAUGUGUGUGGGAAUAAAAGUCUGCAAGCCUAACCUCUGAUGUUCAUGGUCACACACGUACUGAAAAAAGGCUUUAAUGUUUUUUAAAUACUUCUUAAGAACAGAUGGAGGUAAAUAGCCAAUAAGAAUACACUUAACUACAGAUAGAAAUACUUGAAGAUGUUGAGUGAGAAUUCUUUCCUAACAGAUUCUUAAGAAUUGUUAAUUGUGGCUUUUGUACAGAUUUAUAGUAAUUUUCUUAUUUAAUGAAAUUUUCAUUGUGAAUAUGUGCUCAAUUGGGGCAUAGAUCCUAUAUCUUGUUAUGGUUUUGUGUUUAAUGAGAUUUCACUCUGAGCCCCAGCCUGGAGUGAGUGCUCAAACCAACCCUUCCCCUCUCCUAGCAGGUUUACUUUUGGCUGUAGGUGUGUGUGGUGAGUUCACAAGGUGUUUGCCAGCACUCAGAGCUGUAUCACAGAGUCUGUUCUGUUAAUUCCCCUAUUAAAGCAUGACUUCAAUGCA